AUGUUCAAUUUUUCAUUACUGUUCAUUGUGUCGCUUGCAAUAUUUCCGUACGUUAUAAAUGCGGAAUGUUGUGGAAAGACGGAGCUAAAGUUCGAACGAGUGGACACUUCACUGACUUGUCAGCAUUUUGGUGGAAUAUUAUCAUCGGACAAUGUGGUCAUAGUACAUCCGUUUUAUAGAUUUCCAGUUGGUCCCUACGAAAAAGCUGGCGAUUGUAUAAUUUACGCAUGUGGCGAUGGAAAAAGACCUCAAGAUAAAAAAACCUACUGUGGCAAAGGCUCGUGCAAUAUAUUCGGCUGCAAUUGUGAUGGUGGUUGCAUUCCCGGAAAUGCACUAGAAAGUUUUAAUGCAUUACAUGGAAAUAAAGUGCGCAAUGUGAGACGUUAA